UGUGAGAGGAGGAGAAGAGAUGAAAGGAUCAGAUUUGACACAUCAAAGAGAAAGACCAGACUCAGAGGAACCAGAGCCAGGGACGUCCAAACUAGCAAGACGACACCACUGCUCCCACUGUGGAAAAAAUUGUAACCGGUUAUGGGACCUGAAACAACAUGAGAAAAUGCACACAGGGGAGAAGCCUUACCACUGUUCCCAAUGUGGAAAGUGUUUCGUCUGUUCGGGGGAGCUGAAACAACAUGAGAGAAUACACACAGGAGAGAAGCCUUACCACUGCUCCCAAUGUGGAAAGAGUUUCAACCAGAAAGCAAACCUGAAAGCUCAUGAGAGAAUACACACAGGAGAGAAGCCUUACCACUGCUCCCAAUGUGGAAUGUGUUUCAACCAUAAAGCAAACCUGAAAGCUCACGAGAGAAUACACACAGGAGAGAAGCCUUACCACUGCUCCCAAUGUGGAAGGUGUUUCAACCAGUCGUGGGCGCUGAAACAACACGAGAGAAUACACACAGGAGAGAAGCCUUACCACUGCUCCCAAUGUGGAAAGUGUUUCAACCAGAAAGCAAACCUGAAAGCUCACGAGAGAAUACACACAGGAGAGAAGCCUUACCACUGCUCCCAAUGUGGAAGGUGUUUCAACCAGUUGUGGGCGCUGAAACAACACGAGAGAAUACACACGGGAGAGAAGCCUUACCACUGCUCCCAAUGUGGAAUGUGUUUCAUCCAUUCAGGGGAUCUGAAACGACAUGAGAGAAUACACACACGAGAGAAGCCUUACCACUGCUCCCAAUGUGGAAUGUGUUUCAACCAGAGAGUAAACCUGGAAGCUCAUGAGAGAAUACACACAGGAGAGAAGCCUUACCACUGCUCCCAGUGUGGAAAGAGUUUCAACCGGAAAGCAAACCUGAAAGCUCAUGAGAGAAGACACACAGGAGAGAAGCAUUACCACUGCUCCCAAUGUGGAAAGUGUUUCAACCAGUCGGGGGAGCUGAAACAACAUGAGAGAAUACACACAGGAGAGAAGCCUUACCACUGCUCCCAAUGUGGAAAGUGUUUCAACCGGUCGGGGGAGCUGAAACAACAUGAGAGAAUACACACGGGAGAGAAGCCUUACCACUGCUCCCAAUGUGGAAAGUGUUUCAUCCAUUCAGGGGAUCUGAAACGACAUGAGAGAAUACACACAGGAGAGAAGCCUUACCACUGCUCCCAAUGUGGAAAGUGUUUCAACCAGAGAGGAAACCUGAAAAAGCAUGAGAAUACACACAGGGCAGAAGCCUUACCACUCCGCCCAGGUUGCAAAGCUUUUGCCCAUUUAGGAAGCCUGAAAGAACACAUUAGACUGCACACAGAGGAGAAGGCUCCUCAACAACAUCCUAAUGCUGACGAGACAGAGAAGAGUCUCUCCAGAUCAGAACACCAGAUGGACAAUGCUAGCCCUUCCGCCCUCCCGGAGUCCCUCUAUCGUGCCUCUCCCGGUAGCACCUUACUACUGGGUAUGAAGAGGUUGUCUGUGCUGCUGGUGGACUGCAGGAAAACAACAGGGCUGAGUGGAACUGUGAGAGGAGGAGAAGAGAAGAAAGGAUCAGAUUUGACACAUCAAAGAGGAAAACCAAACUUGGAGGAACCAAAGACCUCCACAACAUCAAGACAACACCUCUGCUCCCAGAUCAAGUUAGGAAGCCUGAAAAGACCUGAGAGGACACACACAGGAGAGAAGCCAUACCAUUGCGGCCAGUGUGGAAAGAGUUUUAGCCUGUUAGGAAGCCUGAAAGCUCAUGAGCGAAUACACUCAGGAGAGAAGCCAUACCAUUGCGGCCAGUGUGGAAAUAGUUUUAGCCAGUUAGGAAACAUGAAAAGACAUGGGAGGAUACACACAGGGGAGAAGCCAUACCACUGCUCCCAUUGCGGAAAGAGUUUUAACCAUUUACUUAACAUGAAAAGACAUGAGAGGAUACACACAGGAGUGAAGCCUCACCAUUGCUCCCAGUGUGGAAAGAGUUUUAUGCAGUUAGGUAUCCUCAAAGAUCAUUUGCGAAUACACACAGGGGAGAAGCCUUACUACUGCUCCCAUUGUGGAAAGAGUUUUAACCAUUUACUUAACAUGAAAAGACAUGAGAGGAUACACACAGGAGUGAAGCCUCACCAUUGCUCCCAGUGUGGAAAGAGUUUUAUGCAGUUAGGUAUCCUCAAAGAUCAUUUGCGAAUACACACAGGGGAGAAGCCUUUCCUUUGCGCUCAGUGUGGAAAGAGUUUUAGCCAGUCAGGAAACCUGAAAGUGCAUGAGCGAAUUCACACAGGGAAGAAAUCUUACCACUGAUCCCAGCGUGCAAUGCGUUUUUACCCAAUUAGGACACCUGAAAGAAGACAUGAGACCGCACACGGGGGAGAAGCCUUACAAAUGUUCAGACUGGGGGGAAGGCAUUUUACUCAUCAGUAGCGUAAAAAAAACGUGAGAAUCCACACAGGAGAGAAUGUUUACUUGUUUAUAUAUAAAUAUUUCUGGAUUUUUGUCUUCUCAUUUUGUCUGUCAUAGUUGUAGUGUACCUAUGAUGAAAAUUACAGGCCUCUCUCAUCUUUUUAAGUGGGAGAACUUGCACAAUUGGUGGCUGACUAAAUACGUUUUUGCCCCACUAAGUGUAUGUAAACUUCCAACUUCAACUGUAUGUUAUUUUAAAUGCUAAUCCUUUGCACACGAAUGCUCACUCAUUCAGGAAUAAUUGCAGUCAAUAUAUAUUUACGCCGUUGUGAUCUGUUGGAAUCCAGUCCGUCUGCUGGAGAGCUCAUCUGAGUCUCUCUCCUUCUGUUUCCCUGAAGUUCAAAGUCUUUCUUGGUUAGAAUGGAUACCUCAGAUUACCAUUCAGAAAUGUUCUCAUAGAAUAGAUGUUUCGGCGGUUGUCGUCAUUCGCAUCCCAGGUUUACAUCAUUUCUAGCUGCCCCCACAGACCUACCAAUGCUCUUACUCUGUUGGGAUUGAUAGUCUCAGAGUUGAACCAUUUCCAGCCGUGUAGCCAAUGCUCCACGUGGGAUGAUUUUCUAGUCUUGGUACUCAAAUGUGCCACCUCAGCUUACACCGAGGUAUGCGUUGUCUAAACUAUUCGCAAUCACAGCUCAUGCUGUGAUUGGUUUGCUCAGUCUGAAGAGGAUUUUUUUUAGGAGGGGCUUUUAUUCGAAACAAUAGGAUAGGCGGUUCCAUGACACCAGAUCAUGUCUGUGCCCUCGGGGACGGACCAAUGACUUAGUUAAACCAAUAGGAUAGGCGGUUCCAUGACACCAGAUCAUGUCUGUGCCCUCGGGGACGGACCAAUGACUUAGUUAAACCAAU